GGAGGGCACCGCCAAGCGUUGGCAGUUCCUCCUCCGCUUCCCUGGGCUUGGAAGUCGGGUAAAAGUCGAGGGAAGCGAAGCCUCGGUCUCUUUUUCACUGUUGUGACGGGAGAUCGCGGGGCGAAGAGGGACCCGCGCCUACGCCUCAGGAGCCCGCGGCAAACAGGCAAACAGGCCUGGGCGAUGAGAUGUACUAUUUGGAUCAUCUAACAGAAGCAUUUUGGAGGAGAAGGAAAGGAGACUGGAGAAGCCUCAGGAUUCUCUGUAUCCUGAAUUCCGGAGGCUGCGAUCAUGCUCAGGGGGUGCAGGGGAGAUGGCCAGGAUCACGCCCGUCCUCCCUGCCCAAGUGCAACCGCGAUCGCACUCCGCACUCGUCUGUGACUGCGAUCUCACUCAUGCAGGAAACACAGAUCAACAUUAUGGAAAACCAAGUGACUGAUUCUUCUGAAGAGCGUACAUUUCAGUACCAGAGCUCUCUGCCUUCACUGCCAGUUCCUGCUCUUCAUGAGUCUUUAAAGAAAUACCUUGAUUCAGUGAGACCUUUCCUAAAUCAAGAAGAAUAUCAGAGAACUCAAGACAUAGUAAAAAGAUUUGAAAAUGGAAUUGGAAAGGAACUACAGCAAAAACUACUUCAAAGAGCUAAAGUGAAAAGGAAUUGGCUGGAGGAAUGGUGGCUGAAUGUGGCUUAUCUUGAUGCACGUUUCUCAACACAAAUUUAUUACAAUUUUGGAGGGCCAGGUCCUUACAUUGAACAUUACUGGCCUCUGAAAGAAGGAUCCCAGAUAGAAAGAGCAUCCAUAACCACAUGGCUUACCUUGAAAUUCUGGGAACUAAUCAGAACGGAAAAAUUGCCUGUGAAUAAAUCUGACAAUAUACCUCUGGACAUGAACCAGUUCCAAAUGCUGUUUUGCACCUGCAAGAUUCCAGGAAUUGCCCAAGAUUCCAUUGUCAAUUAUUUCAGGACAGAAAGUGAAGGUGAAUGCCCAACUCAUUUGGUAACUCUGUGUCGAGGUCGAAUUUUUGCUUUUGAUGCAGUACAUGAUGGCACUAUAUUGAGCACACCAGAGCUCAUUAGGCAAUUUUCCUACAUCCAAAAGAGAUGCCACAGUGAACCUGAGGGGCCAGGUUUGGCUGCCUUAACGUCUGAGGAAAGAACCACAUGGGCAAAGGAACGUGACUAUCUUAUCAACCUGGAUCCAAAGAACCUGUCUCUGUUGGAAAAAAUACAGAGCAGCAUAUUUACAGUCUGCCUUGAUGAAGCAAGUCCUUAUGCUGUACCUGAAGAUUAUACAGAGGUCACCAGGUUAGCGCUAAUAGGAGAUCCAACACUACGCUGGGGAGACAAAUCCUAUAACCUCAUUGCAUUCUCAAAUGGAACAUUUGGCUCACACUGUGAUCAUACUCCAUUUGAUGGCAUAACUGUUGUAGCCCUCGGUUCUUUCCUUGAUUCCCACAUCAUUGAAUCAGAGGGAACAUGGAAGGGAUCAGACAAAGUGCGAGAAAUCCCUUGGCCACAGGAACUUGUGUUCAGAUUGGAUCAAAAACUGUUAAAAGCCAUUGCUCAAGCUAACCAACAGUAUAAGAAGCAGACAUCUGACAUACAGUUGGUGAGUUACGCCUUUACAUCCUUUGGCAAAGCACUAAUCAAGAAACAGCAGCUUCAUCCUGAUACGUUUGUUCAACUGGCUCUCCAGCUGGCUUAUUAUAGACUUCAUGGACACCCAGGUUGCUGUUAUGAAACUGCUACAACCAGACGUUUUUACCAUGGCCGGACAGAAACGAUGAGACCAUGCACUGUGGAAGCGGUUGAAUGGUGUAGAUCCAUGCUAGAUCCAACCUUUACUGUCAGUCAACAAAAACAACUUAUGUUGAAGGCAUUUGCAAAGCACAAUAAACUGAUGAAAGAGUGUAUGAAUGGAAGAGGAUUUGACCGUCACCUUUUAGGCCUCAUGCUUCUGUCCAAAGAACACAGUCUGCCCAUGCCAGAGCUCUUCCUGGAUCCUGCUUUCACGAGAAGUGGUGGAGGCGGAAACUUUGUGCUUUCAACUAGCCUGGUUGGCUACACCAGAGUGGGAGGAGCCGUUGUUCCAAUGGUACACCACGGUUAUGGCUUCUUCUAUAGAAUUAGAGAGGACAGAAUUCCUGUAAUGAUGAGAAAAGAAGAGGGCUUGCAUACUGCUGUACACAUGACAAUUUAAAAAAUUAAAGUGUGGAAACUCUGAGCUGCCAUGGUUGCUUGGGCUUCCAGUAAGAGCAACAAGCAAGUGCAAUCCAAGCUAGAACCACUCUAUCCAAAUAUCUCCAUCUCCAACCUUGGACACCACUCAUCCAUAAGGCCUUCAUCUUGCCAAGACUCAAUGUAUUGGUCUUCAUGCAGCUCAUCAUUGAAUCUGGACCCUGAUCCAAAUCUUGAAUGGCCUCACUUGGUUCAGGUAUCC